UUCCACAGAUUGAAACGCGUUUAGUUUGGGUCUGCAGUCAGGGAACACAUAAGCCCCAUACAUAGGCUAUCACUCUUAUACUGAGAGAAAGGAGACAUCUCGAACAACAUCAAAUAAAAUAUUUAAUUCCAGAAAUCAGAAUCAUAUCAGGAGUUUCUCUUGCAUAAAGACGUCUGGCUGAGGGGGUUAACUUCGAGCGCAUUAGUAAUGCAUGAGUAGUGGGAGGGGGCUGGCCGCGCACGAUGCCCCCCAAUAGACUCUCGAGACAUUGUCAUGGAAAGAGACCACCGCCUCGCUAUUGUCUCGCGGACUGCCAAGUUUAUUAUAAACACUGCGCGAGCUGGCGGGUGCGCUGUCAUACGGAGCGCAAAGCGAGGUGGUCAGGCAGGGAGCGAGAGAGAGAGAGAAACUGAGGUGGAUGGAAGAGGAAGAUACUGAUACUGAGAGAGAAAGAAAGAGAUUUCUGGAAUAUUGCUGUCAAGGAAGAGAGAAAGACGUGAAUAAAUAAAUAUAUGGUCAAAUCACCCUGCUUUGACUGAAAACAAGAAAACCAAAUUGAAGAGAGGGACUGCUAACUCGGGGACCUAAAGCUGGUCCUUGGAGAAAUUUGAAAACUGAACUCAUUCUGUGGUGUUUUUCCAGCUUCAACGUUUUAAUUCCUCUCGAAUCCUGAGAAGUACAUUUCAUCAAGCGCUCGCCCCAGAGUUGUCGUUCUCGCGCCUCCAUGUAUAAAAUGGAUUACUCCUACCUGAACUCAUAUGACUCGUGCAUGGCGGCCAUGGAGGCAUCGGCCUACGCGGACUUCAGCUCCUGCAGCCAGGCCAGCUCGUUCCAGUACAACCCGAUCCGGACCGGGUUCGGUGCCAACCCGGGCUGCGCGCCCCUCAGCACCGCGAACUGCACGCUGGGGUCCCUGCGCGAGCACCAGCCCACACCCUAUUCCACAGUUCCAUAUAAGUUCUUCUCGGACCCUUCCGGUUUGAACGAGAAGCGGAAACAGCGGCGCAUAAGGACCACCUUCACGAGCUCACAGCUGAAGGAGCUGGAGCGCGUGUUCGCAGAGACCCACUACCCCGACAUCUACACGCGCGAGGAGCUUGCACUCAAGAUCGACCUUACUGAGGCACGGGUGCAGGUAUGGUUCCAGAACCGGCGGGCUAAGUUCCGUAAGGUGGAGCGUGCGGCCAACUCUAAAUCCGGUAACGGGACUGGGGGCUCAGGAGGGAAUAAUGGCUGUACUGGGGGUAAAAAGGGCGAACCCAGAUCUUCCUCGGAUGAGGACGAAUCAAAAGAGUCCAUCUGCAGUCCCACCCCUGACAGCACCGCAUCGCUGCCCGGCUCAGCCAAUGGGAACAUGGGUAGCCCGGCCAGCCUCAGCCCCAGCCCCGCCCCUGCUAACGGUGGCUAUGCUAACACCUCCAGCUCCCCCGUUCUGCAGGGGCUCAAACCCCCUGGCUGGCCCAGCCUAGGCCCUGCUAACCCAGGAAUGGCCCAACCCGUGGCUCAUGCUCCAGAGCUGCUGAAGGCGUGGCAGCCGGCAGACAGUAUGACAGGGCCUUUCGCUGGCGUUCUCUCCUCCUUCCACCGGAAACCCAAUGCGCUCAAGACUAACCUGUACUAGAGACACAGAGCAGAGAUCUCUAGUAUAACUACUGUAUAUCUAUACUCUCCUUCCCCCUCUAUCUACUGCCCCCCGGGACUACCCCCUUUAAUUUAUUACCACCAAGACACUCUACGUGGCAAUUGUAGUUUGUGAGUGUGUGAGUGUUUGUGUUGAAGUGUGUGUAACAUGCAUCUCGUACGGGGAGUGUGUGUGUGUGUGUGUGUGUGUGUCAGUUGUUCUGUAUGUUCUCACUCCAACAAAGCUACACCC